CCCCCUUAUGCAGUGGGUCUGUCAAGUUCUCUCAAGGGAAUGUGCCACAGGGAAGGCUACGAACGAAGUUAGCGCGCAGGUCAAGUCCAAUAUAAAGCAGUGAAUGGUCCCCGGGCGCCCAAGGUGACCAUGAUGCCUACCACCGCUGUGGGAAAGAAGCUGGAUCUCUCCACACUGACAGAGGAGGAGGCCCAGCACGUGUUUCAGGUCGUCCAAAGAGACUUUGACUUGAGGAAGAAAGAGGAGGACAGACUGGGGGAGCUAAAGACGCAGCUAGAGAAGGAGGACACCAAGAGAGAGCUGCUGGGAACUGGGACCAGCCUGACAGAGUCCCACUGCAUCCGCUGCUUGCAGCCCUUCAAGUUCCUGGUCAACAGCAAGCGCCAGUGUCUGGACUGCCAGCUGUACGCCUGCAAGGCCUGCAGCCGCUACAACAAGAAGGAGUGCGGAUGGGUAUGCGACCCCUGCCACAUGUCCAGGGUCCUCAAGAUUGGCACUUUGGAGUGGUACCAUGAGAAUGUGCGCUCCCGUUUCAAGCGCUUUGGCAGUGCCAAGGUGAUGCGCUCGCUCUACAAGAGGUUGAGUGGCGAUCUCAGCGCCUCCCAGAGUGACCUGAGAGAGCCUCAUGAAGAUGACACACACAGCAUGCCCGAAAGCCACAAUCUCUAUGAUGAGAACAACAUGGACACCGUGGCAGAUGGACGACACUACAGAAUGAUGAAAACGACCAAACGACUGCUCACUGUGCACCCCGUCGAUUUCGGUCUGGACCUUAACUACUCCACCCACUCUCUGUCUCGACAAGAAUCCUGUCAGAGUCCACAGAGCAGUCUGGAGGGCGGCGCACGGGAGUCCCUGACAGCUGAGGCCGACAUGGCCUGCAUGUUCCAGCAGAUCCUGGAGGAGCAGGGUGAGAGAGACCCCGAGUUCAACACGGAGGUCCUCCACAGCCGCCGGAUGAGUCUGCUGGACAAGCCGUCCCGCUUCGGCCCCCCCGUCUAUGACCUCUCUAUCCGGUCAGACGAGGUGCCACUCCCAGAGAACUGGAUGAUGCGGGCACGAUCCUUGUCCAGGAUGAGCCAGUCUUCGGGUGGCAGUGCCAACAACGGGCACCUCCGCAGCAGCGGACAACUGUAUGGCCUGGAGGACUCGGAGGAAGAGGAAGAGUACCAGCGCCAGUACCAGCGUCUGCCGUUGCGCCGACGUAGUCACAGCCACUUCUCCUCACAGGAAAGCCUCAACCACGGGGCACCGCCACAGAUAACUGAGCUGAACAGACGCAUGUCGGUCAUUGAGAAACUACUGAACCGUCUGGAACAGAAAGUGACAUCCCCCUAUGACCAGGGCCAAUCUUGUACUUCUCCCCUGCCCCAGUGGGAGGAGGUGGACCUGGAGGAACUGCAGCUGAGGCAGAAGCUGGACCAGCUGACGGGCAACAUCAGUGACAAGGGUCUCUCCUCGGAGGAGGAUGAACCCAAGAGGCCCCCAUCCCCCAAGGAGAGCCCAGGGAGGAGGAGGCGCCUUAGGGGGGACGUGAGCCCAUCCGGGUCCCUCUCCAGACCCUCCUCCAGACCGGGCAUCAUGAUCAGCCCACCCAUCGUUGAACUGCAGGAGCCCUCUGAAGUACAGGCCUAUUCUUCAACAGGACAUUCCAGGAGCCUCCGUGAGGGCAGUUCUCUGACCCGCUACCGUCCCACCACCACCACAGAGCUGUUUGAGCUGGAAGGGAAGGUGGCGAUGGCCGCUGCCACAGUACAGAGCACAGUGAGCGAGGUGACAGACAUCGAGAACAAGAUCGCUGCCCUGAGUGCUGCUGGGAUGUCUGUGGAUAUGACCAGGAGAAAGUCAACUGUCCCUCCCCAAAGAAGGAGAAGUGCCUAUGACCUUCCAACAAAAACCAGUAAUGGCACAGGGUCCAUGAGGAGGAAGUUGAGCAUCUUGUAACUGAGUGAUUCUUAUAACAGAGAAUCUUCUGGAGCAGGAGUCCAUUUAGAAUACUUUGUCAAGGUCUUUCAUUGGCUAUACGUUAUUGUGAACUGAACCUGGGUAUAAUGCCAUUAUCUCUCUGUGUUUGUUUGUUUAUUACAUUUAUCCAAUAUUAUUUCUAAUAAUAUUUAUAUUCAACAAUGUGAAAUGUUAUGCUUCAUGUUUCAUUGUCUUAAUGCAUUUGUUAAAAAGUUUUUUUUUAAACUAAAAAAAACAUAGCAAUGAUUUAACUGCCAAGUUUAUUAAAAUGUACUAAUGACUAGACUUAGACAUCCAUAGUACAUUAACUGUAAUCACAUGUUUGUACUACGGUUGAAUGAGCCUGUUGAAAAGCUUUAUUAACUUAACUAUUAACAGAUUACGCAAUUAUAUGUAGGGUUUUCUCCAGAGAAUUGCAGCUGUUUCUCAUAUAGGCUUCAUUCCAUAGGGUUCAUGGAACACUUUGUAGGAACCAAAUCUCAGUGGUCAAUUCAUAAACCAAUUCCAGGUGGCACAUAUGGUUCUCCAUUGGGUUCCAGUCUAUGUGCUUUCUGACAUCAAGGGACAAGAGAUUGAGUCAUGGUCUGCGUCCAGACCCGGCGCCAGAACGAAUCAUUUGGACUGCCUUUGCUUUCCAUAGGCGGGCCCGUUUUUUCACGGGGCCUCAUGCGUGCACAUGCUUGCGCGUUCACAGUUUUUUUAAAUUGGUGUAAUACUUUGAAAAAAUCCACAGCUAUUUUUUUUAAAGAAGCUAAUUAUCCUCUGUGGCUAAAUCAUGCUCCCUGGUGAAGUGUUUUUAAUUAUUUUAUUUACACAGGAGUAAUUAUAUAAUUUGGGAGAAACAUGCUUUUACUUUUGGGCAAUCCAGCAUCUUAACAGUACACUGUGCACACGACAACUUUCCAUUCCAAUUAGCAAGAGGCUGAAACCAGAGAUCUGUACAUAAUGACGAGUUGCUUAUGUCUCCACCCUAACAAUGGGUAUUCCCAUAGAAACGCAUUGAAUUUAUACUGGACAGAUUUUGGCAAGAGUGAGCCCUCUCGCUUCGCCACUUCCUCUCUGCUGAAGCUAUAUCACAGGAGAAAGCAUCCUGUCACGCCCUGGCCUUAGUAUUCUUUGUUUUCUUUAUUAUUUUAGUUAGGUCAGGGUGUGACAUGGGGAAUGUUUGUGUUUUGUUGGUUUUGGGUGUUUUUAUGGUAAAGGGGUGGUUGGGUAUAGUAUAUGGGUUUGUGUGGAGUACAUGUGUCUAGUGUUGUCUAUGUAUGUUUAGUUGUCUAGGAGAGUCUAUGGUUACCUGAAUGAGUUCCCAAUUAGAGACAGCUGAUUUCGGUUGUCUCUGAUUGGGAGCCUUAUUUAGGGUAGCCAUAGGCUCUCAUUGGUUGUGAGUAAUUGUCUAUGUCAGAACGUUUGUAGCCUGUUGUAUGUGCACGACGUUUAUUAGCUUCACGAUCGUUUGUUGUUUUGUUAGUUUGUAUUAAGUGUUUCGUGUUUAUUUUUCGUCAUCUUUUAAAAUAAAAGAAGAUGGCUUACUUUCCAAAUGCUGCGUUUUGGUCCAUCAAUCCGCCACACGAUCGUGACACAUCCAAGCGAGCGAAACAGCGCCCCUCUAUAUGUAGCUCAUGUAUCUGAUGCUGUGUGGCCAGAAAUAGUAUGACAUGCCAUACUCUUUUGGUCCAGAUAGCAUCAGAUACAUCCUUUACACAUACUGAGACAGAGAGGCGCUGUUUCGCUCGCUCGGAUGCUUUAACUGAGAUCGAUGCGUCUUUCUGUCGGCAGUCGUCUCGGUCAAAUAAAUGAUCAAUAAUUCAAUAUUUUAUUUGGACGGGCAAGGAUGUACGGUAGGUCGGGCUAGGCCCCAUAAAGCCUGCCCAUUACGCCGGGCCUUUUUGCGUCCAAAUGGCACCCUAUUUCCUAUGUAGUGCACUUAUUUUGACCAGAGUCCUAUGGGGUUACAGUCAAAAGUAGUUAUUUUUAUUUGAUUUAUUUAACCCUUAAUGUAGUGCACUAUAAAUGGAAUAGAGGGACAUUUAAUUAUGUAGGUGUAGGAGACUGUUCAAAUAGAUACAGCAAUUUGAUGCUGGAAUAUUUGGGCAUAUAUUCAGGAUAUACACACAAACAUGGGUGCGUGAAUGAUGCAAGAAAGAGGUUAGAGCUAUGUACUGAUUGCCGCUAUUGUACUAUGUAAAACAGUAAAGUAUCAUUAAUGUAGCUUUUAGUACAAUAUACUUAAUACUGCUUUUUUGCUACUGAAUUGCUCUGUACAUUUGUAGUCAUCUGAAUUAAUUCAUUUGAAUGAAUUUGUAUCCUCUGCAUGACCUCUUAAUUGCUAUUUUAUAUGUAUUAUUAGAUAUCUUAAAGUGAACAUCACUACAAAGUAUGGGAACCAUGUUUCCAUUACUAUAGUGCCAAGUAACACCUUUGACAUUACUAAUUAAAAUGUAAACAAAGUAAA